AGGAACACUAAUGAGCGAUGCUGCGCCUGACUAUUGUCCCUAACGCUGUUUAUGAAUUAACGAAUCUAUUCGUCUCUGUUGCUCAUCUGGCAUCUGACAUCUCACUUUGUGCGAGGACGAGGAGGACCAUGGCAAACGUGGAAACAAUAGCCAUAGAAGAGAUGACAUGUUGAGGGUGGAUACGUCCAAAACUUCAGAUUCAACUUCAGAUAAAACGUGACCACAUGUUUAAGGCAACUCUUAUGUGGUCUCACAUAUUUCCUGACACCAGUCAAGUUCUACCUGUACUACCCAAAUGAAAAAUUCUAACAUAUAAUUAAAAAUUCUACCUAACUACUUAUUUAUAAGUAACCAUUUUUAUUGAAAAAUAAAUAUGAAACGCCAUAACCAGCAAGCUGUUUGUUGUUGACGUUAAUGAACAAUGAAUUAAGACACCUGUUUAAACAGUGGAGCAUUUUGGAAGUAAAUUGAAAUUACUGUUGCAACAUUCAGAUCAGCUUGAUCAUCAGAUCAAGUUAAGCCUUUUAAAAAAUUGACUUGUUAUUUUUUAUUACAAAAAUGAUUCUUUUAAUUUUCAUAGCCACCCAAUUACUUUUUAUACAACAGAGUGCCUCGCAAACAAUUCACGAGAGUGAUAUCAACUUCAGAGUGGAAGCUGGGUCAAGAACAUGUUUUUUCGAAAAAGGAAAAGCUGGUCAAAUGAUGGAAGCUUAUUACCAAGUAUUGGACGGCCAACACGGGGAUUUGGACAUCAUUUUCGAAAUCAUGGACCCCAACGGCGUUCAGCUGUUAUCGGAUUACAAGAAGUCGCAGAAUUCAAUCAUUAUGGACUUGACGGCGGACGGAGAUUACGUGUUCUGUUUGGAUAACACGUACAGCAUGAUGAAUUCCAAGCUCGUGUUCGUGUAUGUGGUGAUCGAAGACAAAGUGACGGCGGAGGAGAAUGCUGAAGGGAGUGGGGCGCCAGACGGUGAGGAGGUGUUAGAGUGGAGCGGCGUGGACGCGGACGGACAGCCCUACUACAUCGAGGUCGACCGCAUCUCCAAUUCGCUCACCACCACACUCCGGCACGUCGUCAAGGCCCGGCAGCUGCUCGAUAUGUACGGCGCGAUGAAGUCACGCGACAGUUACCUCGCCUUCGAGGACACUUUCAUUGUCGACAUGUGGUCAGGAUUCCAAAUAAGCUUCAUGCUCAUAGUCGGAACGCUCCAAGUUUACAUGAUUAAGAAAUUGUUUAACAAAUCUGCAGGCGCUAAAGAUAGCUACUAUUAAUUUUUACUGUAACCUAAACCUUAAAAUACUAUAUAAU